AUGUCUGCCGACGACCAACAGUUUCUAGACGUGCUCUCCAGCAUCCCCGUGCAUCUCCGCCGCUACACUGACGACGUCGCCGGCUUCGUCGACCGCGGCGUCGACCGCGCCGCCGACGCCGUCCGCGAGACCCUCUCCUCGACCGCCUGGAUCCCCGACUCGAUCCGUCCCAGCCCUCCCGCCAGACCCCCUGCCGCCGCCGCCGCAGCAGCAGCCGCCGCCGCAGCCUCGCGCCUCGAGUGCCUGCAGGCCUGGGUCGUCCGGCACAAGGUCCUGACGGGCGUCGUCGUCGUCGUCGUCGGUGCUACCGCCUACAACGGCUACCGCAGGAGCCGCAGGCUGAAAAAGGCCCGCCGCGCAAAGAGGGCCCGCAACGGCGGCCGCACCGACGUCGUCGUCGUCGCUGGGUCGCCGACCUUGCCCUUGACAAAGUCCCUCUCCCUCGACUUGGAGAGGCGCGGCUUCGUCGUCUAUGUCGUCUGCAACGCUGCCGAGGAUGAGGACAUGGUCCAUGCCUUUGCCCGACCAGACAUUCGGCCUCUCACCAUCGACACGACAAACCCCCCUCGCGCCGGCGCGGCCAUCGAGCGCUUCGCGGGCUACCUGCAGUCGCCGCAGUCCCCCGGCCCCCAGAUCAAGCCCAACCAACUGACGCUCAAGUCCGUCAUCCUCAUUCCCAGUCUCCACUACCAGACGUCGCCCAUUGCCACCAUCCCGCCCUCGAGCUUCGCCGACCUCUUCAACACGCACCUCCUGCAGCCCAUCCUCACCAUCCAGGCCUUCCUGCCGCUGCUCACCUCGCGCCUCAACCCCAUAGGCGAGCGCUGGGUCCCGCCAAAGGUCCUUGUCUUCACCCCCUCCAUCAUCUCCUCCAUCAACCCGCCCUUCCACGCCCCCGAGGCCACCGUCUGUUCCGCCCUCGCUGCCUUUACCGAGGUCCUGACGGCCGAGCUGCGGCCCCUCGACAUCCCCGUCACCCACAUGCAGCUCGGCACCUUUGACUUUUCCGGCUUCGUCCCCAGCCGUUCAUGCCCUUCGCUGGGCCCAUCGUCCGGGAGGCCGCACGAUACCCUCGGCUGGCCUGACGGCGCCCGCCACGUCUACGGCCGUAACUUUGUCGCCCAGACCAGCUCCGCGGUCUCGGGCGGCCGCAUCCGGGGUCUCCGCGGCUCUUCCCUGCGCUGUCUGCACCACACCGUCUUCGACGUCAUCGACGGCUCCAUCACGGGCGACUCGGUCCGUGUCGGCCUCGGCGCCAGUGUCUACGGCCUUGUCGGCCGCUGGGCCCCGCGCGGCCUCGUCUCGUGGAUGAUGGGCGUCCGCAGGGUCGACGAGUUGUCGGCCUGGAAGUCCAGCUCCGACGAGGGCACAGCGCGCGACGACGUCGAUGAGGGCGACUCGGCCAUCAUGUCGUCUCACGAAUUUGUCGCCGUCCCCUCGGAACGCAACGUGUGGAACUCGGACACGGCCGAGAGCAGCCUCUGGGUGCCGUCCAUAGCCGAGUCUUCCUAG